GGACGACUCAGCCCCGGGGUACAGAGAUGCGGAGACCUCCCAGUGCCUAGAAGGGCCGCAGGCGCAAGGAAGGGGAGCAAAUCACAGCUGCAGUUCACAGGCUUUGUUCCGAGGACUGUGUGUGGUUCGGUGAGGGAUCCGCGGCAGCCAGCUGAACACCGGGCUCCAGGAGCGAGGUGCAUGCUGCCUCCCUAGGUCCUGGGGGUGCCUGCCUUUGUCCAGCAUCUCCUCUGCAUGUUGGAAGAGUGACGGGACCCGCCAAGGCUGUCCGGGUUCAGGUCGCUCCAGGACUACCUAACCACGGACAAACCCAGCUGUGUCACCAGUGAGGACACUGGGGUCGGGAGAAGUGGGUGCCAACACUCAUAUCACAGCCUAGUGUGAGGAUCAGAGGACGUCUCUCCAUCCACUGUGGGAAGUGAUUGAACUAAGGUCAUAUUUAGCGAUUCAGAGCCUGUCAAGAACUUCUGCACUUAACCCGAGGAAGCAAUCAGGCAGAAUUUCUGCUGGGCAGAUCCUUUGGAUUGAAGCUACUGUGCACGAUGAGGAGGUUCUCUGCCUUUGAACACUUGCCCUUCUACACGAGACCCUGUGAUCUACUACAUCUUGUUUUCGUUGAAUAAUUCUUACCCUGUUGCUGACAAACUGGGACCUGUACACUUUCUCUUUCUCCUGUCGGAUGGUGAAAUAAACUGAGGAGGUAUUGAUUCUAAAGCGUCAUUCCUGAAAAAUCAGAAUCACAUUUUACCUUGGGGAAUUCCACAUAAGUGUUGCCACAGAAGUAAAAGAUUAAAAGGAAAAGAUGAGACUAGAAGAGCUACUGGAAUGCCCCCAGCGUGAGAAGAUGAGGAGAAAGAUGAGAAAGCUCAAACGUAAGGCAUUUGAAGAUAGUAAAUCACCCACAGAAGGGAGUGGCCAAGAAUGUGAAGAUGACGGUAGUCAGUGCUGUGACUCUCCAACACACGAGAGAGGUCUUGGUGCAAAGAGACAGUAUGUGUGUACUGAGUGUGGAAAAGCCUUUAGUCAGAGUGCCAACCUCACUGUGCAUGAGCGAAUCCACACAGGAGAGAAGCCUUAUAAGUGUAAGGAAUGUGGAAAAGCCUUCAGUCAUAGCUCCAACCUUGUGGUCCAUCGGCGAAUUCACACAGGACUGAAGCCAUACACAUGUAGUGAGUGUGGGAAAUGUUUCAGUGGUAAGUCACAUCUCAUCCGGCACCAGGAAAUCCACAGCGGAGAGAAAACAUAUGAAUGUAAAGAGUGUGGGAAAGCCUUUAGUCGGAGUUCAGGACUUAUUUCUCAUCACAGAGUUCACACUGGUGAGAAGCCCUACACUUGUAUUGAGUGUGGAAAAGCAUUUAGCAGGAGUUCAAACCUUACUCAACAUCAGAGAAUGCACAAAGGAAAAAAGAUUUACAAAUGUAAAGAGUGUGGGAAAACAUGUGGUUCUAAUACAAAGAUUAUGGACCAUCAGAGAAUUCACAGUGGAGAGAAGCCCUAUGAGUGUGAUGAGUGUGGAAAAGCAUUCAUCUUGAAGAAGGCUCUUAAUGAACACCAGAGACUUCAUCGUAGAGAGAAACCUUAUAAAUGUAAUGAGUGUGGGAAAGCUUUUACUUCUAAUCGAAACCUUAUUGAUCAUCAGAGAGUUCACACUGGAGAGAAGCCUUAUAAAUGUAAUGAAUGUGGAAAAACCUUCAGACAGACUUCUCAAGUUAUUCUACAUUUGAGAACCCAUACUAAAGAGAAACCCUAUAAAUGCACUGAGUGUGGGAAAGCCUAUCGUUAUAGCUCACAACUUAUUCAACAUCAAAGAAAACAUAACGAAGAGAAAGAAACCUUAUUGUUUGUGGGCCAGGUGUGAUGGCACAUGCCUUUCAUCCCAGCAUUUAGGAGGCAGAGACAGGGAGAUCCCUGUGAGUUCUAGAACAGCUAAGGCCACACAGUGAGACCCCUGUCUUAGAAAAAAAGGAAAAUUGGCUCUAAGGCUAAUUGCUACUUUUCUGAAAAUUAGAUUUUUAGUAACAUUAAAUUUAAUUCUGCUUCUAAGAAUCCAUACAGGGAAAAUAAUAAGUGCUAAAGUUUAGCAAAAGGGAUAUUCGUGCCAGCAUUAUAUAUAACUGAAAGGGAGAAAAAAACUACCAUAGAUUAUUUCAUGUGCGGGAUGAAACAAAUGAUACAUCUAUUCAGAGUAUACCUCUGAAGCCAGUCUGUUUUUAAAGAAUUUUUAAUGUGUGCCAUGGGGGAAAUUUUGAAGAAAAUGGAAAAUGAAAGAAUAAAAUACCCAGAUAAAAUAUUUAUGCCUAGGAAAAAUGGGGAAAGUGAAGAGGGCCAGACCUAAAUUUCAGCAAUGGUUAUCUCUGUUAAUAAGUUGUAGGGGAUUUCUAUUUUCUCCUGUGUACUUUUCUAGACUUUCUAGAUUUUUUACAAUGAGAGUGUUACUUUUAUAUUUAAGAAAACAGUAUAUUUUAAAUAUAAUGAAUAUGUUCUCAUUUUUAUUCAGUGGUGGUAGGAAAAGUGCCUAUUAUAUAGUCUUAAAAAGCUUGGGAUUCACCCUAAUACUGGCACUCCACUUCUUACUAGUAAAACCAGUGCAGUUUUAAAGUAAGUGGACUCUAUGAUCACUGUUAGGUUAACAGAACACAGCAAAAGACAUUAGUUCACCUUCUCUUUCUGCAUAGUAGAAUGAUCAUACAUGAUGGACAGCUACCCUUCCAGCAAAUAUCUAGACAAUUAAGAAAAAUUUUUUUUUCUUUUAAUGAACUAGAGGAAUUGUAGGCUCAAAAAAUAGGAAGUGGAGAAUUUUGUCUUCAUCAUGUUAUUUGGGACUGAGUAGGUGAAAUACAGUUAGGUUGAGAGAGCUGUGUCCUGAUCCACUUGCUGAAACCCAGCUUAAAUACUUUGGACAAAUGACUUCACUACUCAGAUUUCUGGUUUACCUCAAAGGGGUACUGUGAGGAUUAAGUGAGAUGAUGCCAGUGAUGUAUGCCAAGACUGGUACAUGGCA